AUGGCAGAAUUUGUGUUUACAAAAUUAGCGGAGUCCGUUUUAUCCCAAACAGUAGAAAGAAUUUCUGAGCUUCUCAUGCAAGAAGCCGCUUCCUUGAAGAGUGUAAGGGAUGAUGUGGUGCUAUUGCAAGAGGAAUUGAGAUCCCUUAAGGGCUUCGUAAAAGAUGCAGACUCCAAGCAAGAGCAUGACCUGGGCCUCCGAGAGUUGGUACGACUAGUCAAGGAUGUAGCCUCUGGUGCAGAGGAUGUUAUCGAGAAUUACAUCCAUGAAGUUGCCUCCUCUUACAUCAAAGCUUUCCAUAAUAAAAGUGUUCGCGCCCAGAUCAGCUUUGUCCGGGAAAGGAUCAAAGUCAUCUUUACAAGUAUGCAGGCUUGUGGGAUCACAUCUGUUGCUGCUGGAGAGGCCGGGACGAGUAGUUCAAUGGCAGAGCUGCAGCGGAGUUUGCGAAGAUCAUCCCCAAAUAAAGAAGAUAAGGAUCUUAUAAUCUUGGAUGAAAGCACCAAGGCUUUAACAGAAGAACUGACUAAGGAGGAAGAUCAGCUCUGCAUUGUCUCGGUAGUGGGCAUGGGCGGUUUGGGUAAGACCACUCUUGCCAAGAAAGUGUUUAAAAAUGUUAAACAUCAUUUUGACACUGCAGCUUGGGUUUUUUUAUCUCAAAGAUUUGUCCCAAAAGAUGUUUUCAUUGAAAUCUUGACCCAGAUUUUGGGAAAAGAUAAAAUAGAGAAAUUGAAUGCUUUGAAAGAGCAUGAUCUAAUUGAAUUGCUUAAGGAAGAGCUCAAAGAGAAGAGGUAUCUGGUGGUCCUUGAUGACAUAUGGACGAUUGCAGCUUGGGAUUCUAUAAAACGUGCUUUCCCACAAGGAAAGAACGGAAGCAAGCUUCUUUUUACCACUCGCAAUAGGGAAGUAUCAACGUCUGCUGGUCCUUCAAGCCCCCCAAUUGAACCUCAUUUUUUGACAUCGGAAGAGAGUUUGAAGCUUCUACAACGAAAAGCAUUCCCAAGAGGAGGUUGUCCACCAGAAUUUAAGGAGUUGGGAAUGGAGAUGGCUCAAAAAUGUGGAGGACUACCUCUUGCAGUGAUCGUACUUGGAGGCUUGUUGAGUACAAAAAGUUCAUUGGUUGAAUGGGAGAGGGUGUUGGGAGACGUAAAAUCGUACUUGAACAAAGUGCAAUCACAUCAACAAUACGAAGGAGUGAAUGAGAUAUUAGCGUUGAGCUACUAUGAUCUACCUUACUACUUGAAACCCUGUUUUCUAUAUUUGGGCAACUUCCCAGAGGAUUCCGAAAUAUCCAAAAGAAAAUUGAUAUGUUUAUGGAUAGGAGAAGGAUUUAUACCCACAACGAGGACAAGAGAAGAGAUGAAACAAACAUUGGAAGCUGUAGCAGAAGGAUACUUGGAAGAGCUGAUCCACAGAUGCAUGGUUCAGGUGGAGAAAAGGGACCAUACAGGAAUAGGUGUCAAAACAUGCCGCAUGCAUGAUCUUAUGCGAGACUUUUGUAUAUCCAAGGCAAGAGAGGAAAGCUUUGCUCAGAUUAUCCAGCAGCAGCAUGAGAGCAACUCGUCUACUGAUGUUUCUGCAGCUUCUUCAUUUGAGCAUUUGGAUGGUAGUCAUUCCCGAAGACUAGUCAUUCAUCCUGGUGUUGAUCUUUGUUUCAAAAAACCUUGGGCAUGCAGCACCCUUUUCAGAAAGCUACUUGUUUGCAAUAAUAAUCCAUCUUCUUCGUCUUCUUCUUCUUCUUCAUUGGUGGAGUCUAAGUGGGUGGAACAGCAGGUACAUCCCAAUCUUCGUUCUCUUUUGUGUUUGGGUGGCAUUCUUUCUUUAUCAACAUUAAAAUCAAGCAAUUUCAGAAUGUUGAGGGUGCUGGAACUUCAUUUUCGUUCUAGAUCUAAAAUUCCUGGAGGCAUUGGUAAUUUAAUUUGCUUGAGAUAUUUGUGUCUCCGGUCUGAUCAUGAAAUAAGUCUGCCAUCCUCCAUAGGUAAUCUGCACAAUUUGCACAUUCUAGAUCUCAAAGAUAAUUGGGAUCUCAUAGGAUCAGUAGGCAUGAUAUCAAGAUUGAUACGUUUGAGACAUCUGUCACUUCCUUAUUCCAUUGGGUAUAAGCAGAAUGAUUUUCGAAUAGAUAAACUAAAAGACAUUGAGACUCUAGAGUAUAUACCAGCUUAUGUGUUGAUUAGAUCAUAUGAUGCACUACACAAGUUGACUAAUCUUCGAAGCAUAUCGAUAUUCUAUCGUCGUGAUCAUUAUAAUUAUAAUGACGAUGAUGUGAGAAGGGUGUUGGGGUCCCAAAUCGUUCAAUCAGGCCGCCUAACAUCCUUGGAAAUAUGGAUAUGCAGCACCGAAGCUAGAUUUCCAAGUCUGGAAUCACUUUCCUCAUGUCAUAGUCUCUCUAAAUUACUUUUGUAUGGGGAGAUGAAAUUCCAACAACAACAAGGAUUAAUACAUCUUCCACAAAGCCUUACCAAAUUGAUUCUAUCUCGGUCUGAGAUGGUGCAGGACCCAAUGCCAGUGUUGGAGAAUAAGCUACCAAAUUUAAGGUUUCUUAUGUUUUAUUUAAAUGCAUAUGUUGGUUCUAAAAUGGUUUGCUCUGCCCAUGGAUUUCCAAACUUAGACACUCUUCAACUCUGGCGGUUAGACAAUUUAAGAGAGUGGAUAGUAGAGAAAGGUGCGAUGCCGAGUCUCAAGAAAUUAACCAUUGAACAUAUUCAGAAAUUAGAGAUGAUUCCAAAAGGCUUGGAAUUUGUGACUUCCCUCAAAGAAUUGGAAAUUGAAGACAUGAAGAAUUCCUUCUGCGAGAAGCUUCAAGUGAAAAACGGAAUUGAAGGGCAAGAUUACUACAAAAUCCGACACAUACCCUCUAUCUCUUUUGUCAGGGUUCGCUAA